AUGGCCUCUGUGACCCUUGGGCAGGCCUUCUUCCCCACGCAGCCAGAGCAGAAGGCUGAAAGCCUCGGCCCCACGAAGGGGGCCAUGGCAGUCCUGCUGCAGGAGCUCUGGGGGCUCCAGCUGCCUCCGGUGGAGAAGGCGGCGCGUGUGGAGAGAGGAGCUCCCCAGGGCUGGAAAGGCCAGCUGGCCACACAGCCGCAAGGGCCGGCCACGCCGGCGUGGGCCAACUGGCAGCCGCCUCCUCUGACCCCGUCUGACGACAUCGAGGCCUAUUUGGCCACCUUCGAGCGUGUGGCCGAGACCUGCCUGUGGCCGAGGCACGAAUGGGCGUCGCGACUCGCGCCAGCCCUCCGUGGAACGGCAGCCCACCUGGCCUUCUGCAACCUGGGUGCCUGUGACAGAAAUGACUAUGAGAAGCUGAAGGAGGCGGUCUUGAAUGCCUACAACAUCACCAUGGAGACGUGGCGCCAGCGCUUCCGGCAGUUCUGCUACCCGGAGGCCGCGGGUCCCCUGGAGGUCUGUGAACAGCUCCGGCAGCUUUGCUUCCAGUGGCUGAAGCCAGAGAAACACACCAAAGAGCGUAUCCUGGAGCUGCUGGUCCUGGAGCAGUUCCUGACCAUCCUGCCUGGGGAAACCCAGAACUGGGUCCGGGAACAAAACCCCGAGACAUGUCUCCAGGCAGCAACCUUGGCAGAAGGCUUCCUGCAGAAGUGCCAAGCAGCCAAAGUCUGCAAGCAAGAGCAGCAGGAACUGACCGCAGAUCUGGAGGAGAAAAAGCCGGUGGCAUCCAGGACCAGGCAGAAUUUGGCCUGCCAGGAAGACGGGUGGAGAGCGAAAGAGGUGGAGCACGGCUUGUUAGGCCAGGGGAGCAAACGGCUUCUGCCUCACCGGCUUCCUGUGAGCAAUGCAGUGACUCCCGGCGAAAAAGAAGAGGGGUCUCCCUCGGAGGAGAGCAAGGAGCCAGAGGAGCAGAAAAGGGACUCCCUAGCGAGACCCGCCGGAAGCCCUUCUCCGGGUGGUGACGAGGAAUGGGCACAUGCUCUGCAGUUUCAGUUAGCAAAGGAUUUAGCCAAAAUGCUGCGAAAGAGUGAUGCUCCGGCCAGCCACUGGAGCCAGGACAGCGAUGGCAGCCCCGGGGGGAAAGCAGGCAUCCCCCGGCAGCAUGAGAGGGGCCUCUGCAGCCCCACGGAGCUUCUCGGGACCUGGGAUGCGCCCACCGAAGAGCGGCCGUACCAGUGUCCCCGCUGCGGGAGGAGGUUCGGCGAAAACGCAGCCCUUCGGAAGCACCUCAAGCGCCACUUGGCCGAGAAGCGGUACCAGUGCACCGAGUGCGAGAUGCGCUUCCGGCAGAGCUCAGACCUGAUCAAGCACCAGAGGAUCCACACUGGAGAGAAGCCCUACCAGUGCCAGGAGUGUGGGAAGACCUUCAGCCUGUGCUCGGCUCUGUACCGGCACCACCGGGGACACUCUGGGGAGAAGCCCUUUAAGUGCAAGAUAUGUGGGAAAGGCUUCACGCGGAACUCGAGCCUAGCUCAACACCACCGCCUCCACAAGCAGCAGGACAUGUAGCACUGGCCAGACUGAAAUAAUCAGGGAUACCAUUCGGGAUUCUAAUGUCCUGUGGCAGGCGGGAGGAGUCGUGUCUAAUAAUUGCACUGUGCAAAACUCGGCACCUGAGAUGUCCAGUCAGAUGUUUCACUUUAGGAAAAAUUCCACAACUUUCUAGCCUUAAGAUUGCCCCCCCCCCAAAAGUAAAUUGUGUGGGCCUGAUGCAGUAUGGGGAUUUUACUGGCCUUUGGAAGGAGCUAUAGCUUAGUGAGGGAAGGUCCAAGGUCCAAGGUCGACAGUUAAAAAGAUUAGAGAACA